AUGCCGAAGAACGGUAACCGGAAAGGAACGGUGGAAACGGAGAAGAAUCGGCGGGGAAAGUUACCGGAGAAAUCCAUGUCGUUCCACGGCAGAGGAACGAUGCCUCAGCCGAAUCCAGGGGAGCUUCGAAGGCCGAAGACAUUACCGGAGUUGUUCUCCAACGGCCAAAGCAUCGGCGGAGGAGGAACGGUGGUUCCGCGUCUGACGAAACUUCUGCUUAACGUGACGGUGCAAGGGAGUCUAGGCGCUGUGCAGAUUAUAAUCUCGCCGGAAUCCACCGUGAGCGAUUUAAUCGACGCCGCGAUUCGUCUGUAUGUGAAAGAAGCUCGCCGACCAUUCUUACCAGAUUCACAAUCGUCGCGAUUCGAUCUCCAUUACUCGCAAUUCAGUCUCCAAAGUAUCGGAAAAGAGCAGAAGCUAAUAUCGCUUGGAUCGAGGAACUUUUUCUUAUGUGGGCGGAAGGAGGAGGAGGGAGGAUUCCCCAACGGCGGUGCAUCGUGUUCAAAGGAAGCAGACAAAGUCACUAAACCGGCUUUUCACUGGCUCAAAUUCAUCGGUUUCUAA